GUCGCGAUGGUUGGAGGGCUGAGAGAUCAACACUUUUAAAUAAAGCCGUGUGUGAGCCGGCGGCGGCGGACGGCUAUGCAAACACCUACCGAUGGGGUUUUAACCCCCAAAGAGACGUCAAGAGAAUCCAGGAACAUUCCUUUACCAAGUGGUAGAUUCACUAAUGGAGGGUUUCAUUCAGCACGUCGCAUUACUCCUUUUGGCAAAGCCCCAUCAAAGCGAAGGAUUCCACAGAACAGCCAUUUGGAGGAACCACUUGACCCAUCAAAGACUGCUUACAUUCUGCACAGGCAGUGGAACUUAUACAGCGUGACUCCAUUGCAUAAAUUCUCAUACAAGGACUUGAAGGAUUAUGCCAGGCUCUUGUCUGCACAGAUCUUGGCUGAAAAACAGAAGGGGGUUGCAUUUGAAGUGGGAGCAGAGAUGACUAUGAAAGCAAGCUUUUCAUAUUUUCCUGGACUUAAAGGAAAAGAUAAUGAUUCAGGAGCAGUUCUUGUACAGGUUGCAUCCAAACCACCUUUUCCGAAACCUGGCACAGAAGACAGGAUUGUAUGGUCAGGGUGGUUCUGUUGUUCUUUUGGGGACGAUGACGUUUUAGAAAUGUUACCAGAAGCCAUGGUUUGCCUACCUUUAUUCCUCGUGCAUGGAACAGAAACUCUCACUGCUGUAGUAGGCAGCUGGUUUCAAAAGUCUUUUGACUGUUGUUUUGGCAAAUUGCCAAUCAGUUCCCGGGAUCUUGCAUGGAUGACUGCCUUGUGGGCAGGUUGUGAAAUGCAUGAAUACGUUGCAGCCACUGAGUUGGUCUUCUCUGUGCCAGUUGAACCACACAUGGACAUUUCUUAUGCCAUCCACUCAGAAGAUUUCAAAUCCCUUUGGAGUGACAUAAACAAAGGUCAAGAUGAAGUAACAGCUGAGGAGGUGGAUAUUUUAUUCCAUGGCCUUUAUAGCCACUUUUUUAGACAUUUUAAAAUUCACUUGUCCGCAACACAACUUGUAAAGGUGUCAACAUCAGUAGCUUCAGCACAUUGCGAUGGGAAAAUAAAGUUCCUCUCUAAAGAACAUCUGGUCAGAGUUCUUGGACUUCUCACAGAAUUGGCGAUGAAUAAUAUCCAGUAUUAAUGCAGGAACUGCAUGUGUGUCAUUAAGGACUUCAGUGUCACACACUCUAAUGUUCUGUAGUCGCUACGACAGGAUCUGUGAGCAGUCUGUAAACAUUAGUCAUCGUUCUGUGGAAGCUCCGGGCAAUGAAAGCACAGUCUGGUUGUGCUGUCACUUUUUAACACCAUGAAUACCCGUGGAGGACUUCAUUUUUUUUCCAACGAUGUAGACCAGCUAACUUCAAGCACUUUUAUGGAUGGGGGAAGGGGGAGACAACUUUGUUACAUUAAUGUAUUUUCUACUGAUGAAUUAAAUAAAAUCCAUUUUAAUUGUUUCAUGAAUAAUUGCUCUGACUCAGACAACCAGUUGCUAAAAGAUGUAUUUCAGAAAAUCAGAAAGCUGCUGGUCUAAUGAGAUUGAGUUUGAUUUGCUUGUAAAUGCGAAGACCUGCAUAUCUUGUAAAUUGGGUUUCAUAUGUAAGUUAAAGGAUCACUAUAGUGUCAAGAAAACAAACUCGGCUGCGGAGGUCCCGCAGACUCACACCCUGGCAACAUGCACUCACCCAUGGCCCUCAUGGACCUAGAGACUGGAGGGAUGGGGUGAAAGUGGAGACACCAUUCCUGCCAUGGCAUGGUCUAACACAGGGCCUGAAGGGACACCCACUCCAAGGAAUAGGUUGAAAGCCGCGCGAGUACGGACAGACAUGGCAGCCAAAGGCUGAGAUCCAGAACAAACUGCGCAUAUAAUCUACUAUAACUGUUAUGGUUUGCCCUUUUAUUUUACUUUUGUUAACAAUGUGAUAAUACUCUACCACCAUAAUAUCCCCCUGGAUUACUCAUGGCUAAGGUCAUUAAGGCUUCUAUGCUAGCCUCGAGGCCACCUACAACCCAAUAUGGCUCCAGUGGUCUAAAUUUACUCAGUCUCAGAUCCGCCACUACUUUAUCAGCUUAACCCCUUAAAGGAUCACUAUUGGGUCAGAAUUACAAACAUGUAUUCCUGACCUUAUAGUGAAAACCUACCAUUUAGGUGGCUUGCGCCUCCCCCAGUCACCUCAGAAUGGGUUGAAACUCGCUCUCUA